AUGGCAGAGGCAAUAGGAGCUCAUGUUGCAUGUACUAGUUCAUCAAGAAACAUGGAUACAAUUAAGAAGUUAGGAUACAAUAUAAUCGAAAAUGUAAGCGAAGUAACGAAGUCUAACCAUGACGAUCUCCUAGUAAUCGACUAUACAACAUACAACUUUGGUGAAUUACUUCAUCAUCAAAAUUAUGAUGUUGUCUUUGAUUGUGUUGGAGGACAAGAACAGUGGGAAUCAGCCCAACAAAUAUUAAAACCAGGUGAUCGCUUCGUUACAAUCGUUGGUGACGAUCCACAUUCAAAUUUAACAGUAAAAAAUAUUGUUACGGUGAGUGCUGGUGUUAUUAAUCGUAAAUUUUGGUCUUUGAUCGGACAAGAACCAUCUUACAUAUUUCAUGCAUUGAAACAAGAUUAUCGUCAUUUGGACGACAUGAGAAUGAAUUAUAUUGAAAUGGGAAAAAUGAAAUCUAUAAUUGAUCGUGUGUACAACUUUUAUAAACUAGAAGAAUUACAUGCAAUGUACGAUCGAUCAAAAUCAAGAAGAGCACAAGGAAAAAUGGUUGCACAGAUUGUCCAGGAUUAG